CCGAGCGAAGCUUUCCCGCCUGCCCGCCCUCCUGCCUGCCUUUUUCCUUCUUAGCGAUGAAAAACAGAAUCGAAGGAGCAACCAUUGGAGCCGCUGUCGGAGUAGGAGUGGCACUCGUUGGCAUCCCAGCAGGCAUCUGCGCGCUGGGGUUUACGGCAGCCGGCAUCACCGCUGGGUCUGUGGCUGCCAAGAUGAUGUCAGCAGCUGCCAUAGCCAACAACGGAGGAGUGGCUGCCGGCAGCGCUGUGGCCGUGCUGCAGUCGAUCGGAGCUGCAGGUUUCUCUCUUGGUGCCAAAAUUGGGCUGACGUCUAUGCUGGGGCCGCUCGGUGCGGCAGCUGGUGCCACACUGUUUAAGGGGAAGACAACUCCAGAUGACGAACCCAAGUGAAGCCGAGAAGGUGCCUGAGCCCGAGGGUUCUGCCAGGCAGCGUAGCAGGCGCUGGGAAGCCCUCGCAGACCCCCCAGUGACUCGGCCGCCCUCUUAAGAGCUGCGGAUCCACUUGAGCAAUGAAUAUAUUGAAACCAAUAAAAGUGGUUUGCAGGUG